ACACGCGGAACUCAAUCGACAACGAGUUUCAACAAUUUUUGUAUGCAUACCCAACAAUCGCACAAAUUGUAACUUUUUAGAAUAUAAACGUUACGAUUGGCGACACUGACCAAGUUGGCAACCGCAGCUUUCAAAUGUUCCGUGAUGGCCGCUAACGCCGACGAAAACAAAAUUUUUCGCAUAAACAAUCGUUUAUGCCACUUUUCGAGGAAUGGAGCAUAUCUAGCGGUGGCAUUUCAAACGAAUCUGCUCGUAAAGGAUGCAAAGACUCUUGCUACUUGCCAAUCGUUUCUGUUUGUAGACGUGAUACAGCAUAUGGAAUGGUCUUUGAACAGCGAGUAUAUUCUUUGUGCGAAUACAAAAAGAGCUAUUGUUCAGAUAUAUUCCGUGCGUCAUCCCCAGUGGAAAUGUAAACUUAGCGAGGGCAGUGCAGGUCUGCAAGGUGUUACCUGGGCUCCAGAUAGUAAAUGUAUUUUUACUAUAUCAGAUUUUAAUAUUCAAUUAUCUAUUUGGAAUUUGGAAGAGCAGACAGUGUCAUACAUACAAAAUGUAAAAUCAUCUUCCUUUGAUAAAUUACAUUUUAGUCCCAAUGGUAAGAGAUUAGCAGUGAUUGUUACGGAAGAAGGUCAAGAUACAGUAGAGAUUUACAAAGCUGAGAACUGGAAGAUAAGUAGAAAACUUAUCUGCGAUCGUUUAUGCAGCAUCGACGGGAUUCGCUGGUCACCGAACGAUGAAUUGUUAUGCAUAUGGUGUUCGUCUUCCGCUGAACCCAAGCUGAUCAUUUACUCCACCGUAUUGGAGAAACAUGUGACGGCGUUUUCCCCGCUGGAAACGGCGCAAUCGUCUGAGACGUGCAAUUAUGGAAAAGAGCUGAGAGGAAUUGAACAUAUCGAAUGGAUCCCUAGCGGACAGUUGUUGGCUGUAAUCGGCUUUAACGAAGUGGUUGUUCUUCUUAAUUACAUUACGUGGCAACCGUUGUCGAAAUUAUACAUGGAUCCGAUAAUCAGGGAAGGUAAUUACUUAACGAAAGUAUACAAGGAAUACGCCGAUUCGGAGAAAGUUUCUGAUAAACGCUUCGCGUCCUGUGAGGAGCGCAUUUUACGUGAGAUACAUGAACGUCCCAUAUGCAUUGAAAUUGGAAUAAAGGGCAAUAAUGACAAUUUCUCACUAGCAAAGAUGAAACUGUUUGAAUUUAGUACAUGCGGACAAUACCUAGCCUUAAAACAUGAGCUUUAUCCUACCACUUUGUGGAUAUGGGAUAUUUCUACGGACUAUUUGGAUUAUUUGCUACUUGAAAAUCCCAUUACAGCUAUCAAGUGGAGUCCUAUCUAUCCACAAUUGCUUGUGCUCUCUGAGUGUACACGCGUAUAUGAAUGGACUCGAAAAGGCGCAAACUCUGUGCCAAUGUCUAAAAAUAUGUCAGUUAUAGACGCGUAUUGGCAUCCUACGGGAGAGAAAGUUGUAUUGUGUGGUUAUAACAAAGCGAUGAUUUAUGAACCUACAAGUACAUCUUAAUAAGUAAUUGUUUUGAGUAUAUAAAUUUAUUACACAUGAAUGAUUUAUAAAUAUACAAUAUUUUUAUUUACAAAUAAUACAUAAAAAUACUAUAUAUAUAUAUAUAUAUAUGUACAUAUGCCAAUUUUAUAUAUAUACAUCGAACAAUACAUCGUUAUUUUAAUCAUACAUGUAAUUAAUAUUAAAUAAAAGAUAUUUUGAAAUAUUUAUAGCAAAAA